AUGACGACGAUGUACGUUACCCCGGCGACUCUUUACGCCGGAAAACCGACUCCAGUGACUUCAAACCUCCAGAGAUCAUCUUUCUUGCCGUAUUACUCGUUGAGGAUACUCGGCAACAACAAGAAGAAGGCUCUUUCAAAAUCUUCAUCACCCUCCUCUGCUCCAAAAUUCUCCAUGCGUGUCUCCUCCAAGCAAGCCUAUAUCUGUCGUGAUUGCGGGUAUAUAUACAAUGACAGAACUCCUUUCGAUAAGUUGCCCGACAAUUACUUCUGUCCAGUGUGUGCGGCUCCUAAAAGGCGGUUUAGACCGUACAUGCCUGAUGUGAGCAAGAAUGUCAACGACAAGGAUGUGAGAAAGGCUAGAAAAGCUGAGCUCCAACGUGACGAGGCCGUUGGGAAGGCUUUGCCUAUAGCAAUUGCUGUUGGGGUUCUAGCUUUAGCAGCUCUUUACUUCUAUGUCAACAACACCGCCUGA